AUGUUUAGCAGCGGUGUCGAGCCGCUGGCCGCGUUCGGCGGCAUCCAAGAUGUCGCGGGGCGGUUGCCCUCCACAUUCUGGACUGCGCUCCGGGAGCGUGCCGAACUUUGGCAUGAUUCCUUUUCUGAGCAGCUGGACUACGACAAGGCGUUGAGGAAGGUCUUUUCGCACCUUGCCGCCAAGAAGAGCUCCUUACUUCCUCGUGAUCUGAACGAGUCACUGGAAUCGUUUCCCACAGAGGUGGGCCCGGGAGGGCGCACACUUUGGGGCUUCGCCCUGGCAAACUACUCGGACGAAACGGUGGAGGUCAACUUCACCCAGCUGGCAGUCACAGCUGGCUGGAACCCAAAGCUUUUCUCAGAUGAGACGGGCCAUGGCAGUGGCUGGGCAAUGGGUGAGUUCAACCUUACGAGCGACGCAACGAUUUUGGCGAAGUGCUCGAGCUCUUUUUAUUUGGACUCUGAUUUAGCUUUGCGCUUGGCGGACGUUUAUGGGGAGAACCGGUCCGUGCAUGUUCUGCACUUGCAGAAGGGGCAGCACCGAGUCUUUGUCAAGGCGGCAGAGCCAGGCUUCCGCUGCGAGUUUCUCCUGGAUGGCGCAAAAGCGCGGGAAGCUUUGACGGGCAUGGCAGCUCGUGGGCCCGAGAAGGCACUCAGCCCUUUGGUCUUGCUGAAGGACGUAGCCGUCUCGGAGGUCAUCGGCUCUGAUCUAGCUUCUCCUCACCUGGGAAUCCCCAUCCUCAACACUGCCCGGGAGCCCUUGCACUUGCUCAGCGCUGCGAUUGUCGAAGAAGCGGUGAAUCUCAGUGUCCAAGGAGUCCAUCCCGGCGAUUUGCCUGCUGUACAACCUGGGCAGGCCAUGAUUCUGAGGCUGAACCUUCAGCAGGUUGGGCAGCUGACCUGCCAUGGGCAGCCCAAGGUUUUCACCUUCACGGUAGCUCUGCAGCCAGAGGGCAACCACGCGCCGGUCCAUGCCUCCAUCACCACGCAAUGCCGCCGCAGUGCGGAUCGUGGCUUCCUUGUGGCCUACCCAGACUUCGAUGGCUCGAUCCAAAAGCUCUGGGCCGCACCUCCAGAUGUUAGCCAAUUUGCCAACAGGACCUGCCCGCCUCGGGGUUGUCCGGUGAUGCUCUCUCUGCACGGUGCCUCCGUCAGUGUGGGUCCAGUGUGGGGACAUAGUUAUGAGCUGGGCGGGGAGGAACGCUUCCCCUACGGUGCUUGGCUCGUACAGCCAACAAACCGCUGGCAUUGGGGCACAGACUGGGAAGGGCCCGGCCUGGACAAUGCUUUGGGUGCCCUGCGCUAUGUUCGCGACGAGCUGCCAGGAGCCCCAGGCAACGCGACCGAGCGGCGAAAGAGCCACGGCUUGGACGACACCCGAGUGCUGGUGACAGGCCACUCCAUGGGUGGCCACGGCUGCUUUGUAUUCGCCAGUCACUUUCCAGAUCUGCUGCUGGGUGCUGCUUGUGCCUCCGGCUGGCCGUCCUUGAACUCAUACGCUGGUGAUUCCCAUUCAGGCCUUCUCGAUGGAACCCGUCGCGGUUUGCUGGAAGAAGCCCGCUUUGAGCACGCGGCGGAUUUCGCACACGAGAACCUGGUUGGCGUACCUAUGCUCGUGAUCUACGGGAGCAAGGACGACAACGUCCCACCGACACAACCUCGCAACAUGGUCCGUUUGCUCGAAUCUGCAGGGCAGAAAGACAGCACCGUGACAGCUGUCGAGCUUCCAGGUGUGGGCCACUGGUUCGGCCAGGAUGAGCCUUCUUUGGCCAAGUGGUUUCAAGAGCGCUUGAACGCCAGCUUUGCUGGCGGUGACCUGCGCCUGCCCCAGUUGCCGGAGUACUUCGAAUUUUCCGUGACUUCGCCUGCGACUUACGGAUCCCGCGGGUCCCUCCAGGUGCUUCAGCAACUCGACGCCGCAGAGCCGGGCCGCAUCUUUGUCCAGAGGUGCCCAAAGACCAAGCAGAACAUCACGGCCUGCACCGGCAUAGUGGCUCCGGAGGGAAGUGGCGGAGGCAAUGGGGAUCCCUACUGGCGAGUCGCGACUUUCAAUGUCAGACGCCUCGCUCUUCGACCUCGGCGAGGCCAAGCAUUGCCGCGCAUGCUCUCGGUGGAUGGCACAACGUUUGCCUCCAGCGGUCUGCUGUCAAAGUGUGCGCACCUAUGCCGCGCCGAGAAGCACAGCACCUGGAAAGUUUGUGGCUUGGGCUCAGAUGGUUGCGACUGGGAAGCUGUUCAGCGCGGCGGUCUUCAGGCCGGCGCCGGCCCGGUCCACGCGGCCCUUCGCCGAGCCCCUCUUUGCCUGGCUUUCGGUGCAGGACAGCGCAGCCAAGCAGUGACGUUAGCCAAUAAGCUGUAUUUCGUCAGCCGCUACGCGCCUCGAGUUGUCGAUGCCAGCGGGGCCAACUUUGUGGGAGAUCGGUGGGAUCUUCCUGGCGAGUGCGCCUCCGCAAACCUGCUGUUGAUCGGAUCCCCAUCCGAGAAUGCCUGGACUAGCCGUUUCUCUUGCGCCUUCCCUUAUCUUCAAUUCGUGCGCCCCGAGUCCAAUGAUGCAGGACGAUCCUUCAUCCUGGAUGGGACGUCCUACUCGGCCAACGGCACAGGCCUACUCGCUGUGGGCCCGCUGCCCUCGCGGAAACUCGCACUCCUCGUCCACGGCACAGAUGAGAAAGGUCUGGCGCAGGCUGUGGCAGCAGUGCCUGUGACAUCUGGACGCCACGGCGCCGACUUCCUGGUUCUGGGCCCCUCUGCGGCCUGGAAGGGUGAGGGCGGCAUCCUUGCGGCUGGGUACCUCACUCCGCUGUGGCAGAUUUCGUCAAGUGGUUGGGCAGAGCCGGAGCACCCCUUUGAAGGAGGAGGAGGCUUGGGCUCCACACCUGCAGCUCACUGCUCCGUGGAAAUGGAGGCCAUUACGAAGUCCGACGUGGACCUGGAAG